ACCCCCUAAACUAAUUAAUGGCUCGAUAGAAACGAGUGAGGUGACCGUCAGUGCUGGCAUUUUUCGUUUUCUUUUUCUUUUUGUUUUCGUUGAGUUUUGGUUUUUUUUUUUUUUUCUUUUUCUAAUUUUCAUUUUGACCUUUCAUCCUUCACCUCGUUAUUCUCCGAGAUAUGUGAACACUGAGAAAUGCUCUCGAAGAAGAUGGGAGUCUAGUUUCAGUUCGUUUCUUAUCAGCUGCGGCACGCCUCCAAAAUUAAAUAAUAAUAAUAAUAAUAAUAAUUAAGGCAAGUUGAUGGGCGGAUGAGGCUCCUUUUGCAUGGGAUUCUCUCAACCUAACAAAGUCAUUCAAGUUUCAACAGCUUUGGAGACUUUCGUUUCACGCUUCAUCUCAUCGCCCCCUCUACAUACGAAUCUCAUUUUCUUAUGUUUACCUUGUUCUUUUCCUUUUAAUAAUUAGAUGAGGAAUUCGGCAAAUGCUGUUAUGAAGGAGCUAGAGGAGAAUAAGCAAGCUGCAAGGAACGGGAUGGUGGUAGGGGGUUUGAGUCCUCUGAGUGAGACAUUAUGGAGAGAGAAGACUAACACGGAGUUUAUGGGAGAUGUGUCCGCGAGGCUCACUUGGAAAGAUCUGACCGUAAUGGUAACUCUGAGCAAUGGAGAGACCCAGAAGGUGUUGGAAGGACUGACUGGUUAUGCUGAACCUGGCACUCUCACCGCUCUCAUGGGUCCUUCGGGCUCUGGCAAAUCCACGCUUCUUGAUGCACUCUCCAGUCGCUUGGCUGCUAACGCUUUCCUCUCAGGAACCAUUCUUCUCAAUGGUCGUAAGACCAAGCUUUCUUUCGGGACUGCGGCCUAUGUCACUCAAGAUGAUAACUUGAUUGGUACACUGACUGUUCGGGAAACAAUAUCUUACUCCGCUCGACUCCGUCUCCCUGAUAAGAUGCCUUUGUCCGAGAAGCGCGCACUCGUUGAAAGUACAAUUAUGGAAAUGGGGCUCCAAGAUUGCGCUGAUACUGUUAUUGGAAAUUGGCAUUUGCGUGGGAUCAGUGGAGGAGAAAAGAGGAGGGUCAGCAUAGCUCUUGAAAUUUUGAUGAGGCCCAGACUGCUAUUUCUUGAUGAGCCAACCAGUGGACUUGAUAGUGCUUCGGCAUUUUUUGUAACUCAGACUUUACGUGGCCUGUCAAGAGAUGGUAGAACUGUAGUGGCUUCAGUCCAUCAGCCCAGUAGUGAAGUCUUUGAGCUAUUUGAUCAGUUAUAUUUGCUUUCUGGCGGCAAAACUGUUUAUUUUGGUCAGGCUUCUGAAGCAUAUGAGUUCUUUGCACAAGCUGGAUUUCCAUGCCCUGCCUUGAGAAAUCCAUCUGAUCAUUUUCUCAGAUGUAUCAAUUCGGACUUUGAUAAGGUUAAGGCUACUCUAAAAGGAUCCAUGAAAUUACGGUUUGAGGCCAGUGAUGAUCCCCUGGAGAAGAUAACCACAGCUGAAGCGAUCAGAACUCUUAUUAACUUUUACAGCACAUCUCAGCAAUGCUAUGCCGCAAAGGAAAAGGUUGAUGAGAUAUCCAAAGUUAAAGGAACUGUGCUAGAUUCUGGAGGUAGUCAAGCUAGUUUCUUUAUGCAGUCUUAUACUUUAACCAAGCGUUCAUUCAUCAACAUGUCUAGAGACUUCGGCUAUUAUUGGCUGAGACUGCUAAUAUAUGUUGUAGUCACUAUCUGCAUUGGAACCAUUUAUCUCAAUGUUGGAACGAGCUACAACGCAAUUCUGGCAAGGGGUUCAUGUGCAUCUUUUGUGUUUGGUUUUGUCACAUUCAUGUCAAUUGGUGGGUUCCCUUCCUUUGUAGAGGACAUGAAGGUUUUCCAAAGAGAGAGGUUAAAUGGCCACUAUGGUGUAACUUCAUUUGUUAUUGGGAAUACGCUUUCAGCUAUGCCAUUCCUCAUUAUGAUCACCUUCAUCUCUGGAACUAUUUGUUACUUUAUGGUUCGUCUUCAUCCGGGCUUUGAACGUUAUUUAUUCUUCGUAUUGUGCCUUUACGCAAGCGUUACUGUGGUUGAAAGCUUGAUGAUGGCCAUAGCCAGUAUCGUCCCCAAUUUCCUCAUGGGCAUCAUCAUAGGAGCAGGGAUUCAGGGAAUAUUCAUGCUUGUUUCUGGGUACUUCAGACUCCCAAAUGACAUCCCAAAACCUGUCUGGCGUUAUCCAAUGUCCUACAUCAGCUUCCACUUUUGGGCUCUACAGGGACAAUACCAAAAUGAUCUGAAGGGCUUGUUGUUUGAGAAUCAAUCACCUGACCUUCCCAAAAUUCCUGGCGAAUAUAUCCUGGAAAACGUGUUCCAAAUUGAUGUGGGACGCUCAAAAUGGAUCGACCUGAGUGUGAUAUUCAGCAUGAUAUUGAUUUACCGCAUUGUAUUCUUCUUAAUGAUAAAGAUCAACGAGGAUGUUACUCCAUGGAUCAGAGGUUUGAUAGCCAGGAGAAGGAUGCAACAGAAGAAUGGAACUCAAAAUACGACUGUUGCGCCUGAUGGUCUCACCCCUUCUCCUUCGUUGAGGACUUACGUCGCAAAUCGAGCAACUGGAAAGGGUAAAAGCGUAUCCAUGCAACAGAUCUCAAACUUUGGUGGCAGAUCGAUGUGAUCACGUUUGAGUCCUGAGAUACAAUUCGACAAUGACUUCAGUCAAAUUUACAUUUCAACAUCACACUUGAUCUAUUGCUAUUUUUUUUUUUAUAAAACAUUUGCGUUAAUAUAUGUAAUAUGCACCAAUCUGUAUUACUAUGCCUUUGAAGCUAUACAUAUAGUUAGUGCCAUGGUAUAUUUCAGGAAAGGGAACUAUGGAAGAUAUAUGGAAGAUAUAUGGAAGAUAAUUACAAGAUCCAUGAUAAACUGCUCACCAGAUUUUGCUUCCGAUCGUUACAUUAUAUAUUAAUCAUUUCAAAAAAUAAAUAAAUUUAUCAGAUUCUG